AUGCUAGAAACAACAAAGCACGUGAAGUGCCUCAUGGUGAGGCACUAUUUGUGCAGCGUCUCGCCUCAGGCUCUAAAUCAGACCGUACUUGAUGCCGGUGACUCCGCGUUUGUCGCUUCAACCUACCAAAGGAAACGACUUUAUUAUUUACUCGAGCAACAAAAGACAAGACGAGAGGCUAGAGAUGCGCUGAAGAACCUAGAAAAGCUUCACGGGGAAUUCAGAGUCGCCAUCAAACAGAGAAGAAAUUUUUCUGUAAGCGGAAAAUUGAGGUCUUGUGGAUCCAUAGAGCAUGUAUUCCCUGAAACUCUUCAUCUACAGUAG